AUGACGCUUACUGUUUUAUCCACUGGAAACACUCUCCGUUCAGAUGCUCCCUUUGCGGUCUCGCCGUCGGUGACUGCUGGUCUUCGUACAACGCUGCUGGGCAGUAGCAGUAGUGUUGCGACUGUUCCAAGAGAGCUUGGAGAGAUUGUUUUGUACACGGCUUCUAGCGCAGAACUGCUGGAGACCCUUGAUGCCUCGUCUAGUGUCGAGCUUACAGUAAAGAUCUUUUUCCCUGGCAAAGUGACUCUUGAAAAUGCUCAGGAGGCUGCCCAACACGCGCUUUGGUUACUUGUCAAUGCUCAUUCGUCACCAAAAGCUUCUGCACCUGCACCGCUUGUCAAAUCAAUCAUUUUCUCAUUUGGUGGACUUGAAUUUUCAGAUGAUGAUGAUGAUGAAGAAACAGAUUUUGAACUGAGUCCAGAGCAAGUAGCUACUGUUUGGACCAAGGCUACGACUUAUGCUAAAACUUUGGGUUUAGGUGGAGCCGAGUUUGGAGUGGCUGAAUUUUCAACAAGUGCUUUGCAAGAACUUGUUUCACGAGUAGGUUCAGAAACUCCUCGAGUUGCAAUCGACCAUAUCAAUGCAUCAGACUGUUGCGCACUCCCCAAGUCAUUGGUGCAACUAAGUAAAACUAAUAAUAUUAAACUUCUGGCUCAUCAUGAUAAGCCUGCUGAUCAUCUGGUUGACCCUAAGGAGCUGGCUGAAAUUACAAGCGAGCUCAAGCUUAAGUCUGUGGACCGAUGGGCAUGGGUUCUUAAACUUACGGCAUUGGAAAAGGACCGCCAGCUUCUUGUUGGGAAUGAGUAUUUGGUUGCAGUAUAG